UUUUAUUUCAAUGUAUUUUUUUUCAUUUUCAUGUAAUAUGGAUAUCAUCUGUUUGUCUGACUCUAAAGAAGAACGUGAAAAAUCUUGAUUUAAUUCUUGAUUUAAUUCUUGAUAGUUAAAUGGCAAGGACGUGAUUUUUAAUCUUUUACAGUUUAUAUUCUCAUUUCUUCUUUCGUUUUUAUCAAAUGGAAGAUAGAAAUCUCGUUCACUUUCUUGCUCAUUUAUAGUACUUAAAGUUCUUAUAGAAGAUGCUACUGUGUUACUCAAAGAUGUAGUUUGAAAUGUUUGAAAUGUAAUUGAUGGAACCACCGUUACCUCACAUGAAUUAUUAAAAUCCAUGAUGAUACACAACAAUCAUCUUCUUCUUGUGAUAAUACAUCUCUGUCUACGUUGAUUUCUAGUAAAGACGAAUUACAUCAUUUACAGAUUUUUAAAUAUCUUUCAUGAAUACCAAUUAAAUGCGUUAUAAUAUAUAAUUUGUUCAAUAAAUAAUUUUAUGACCAAUUGUGUUGCGCAGUUAUUCUUCAACCUUAAAACAGAUUAUGAAAAGUAUAUCUUCAUGAAUUUAACACUUAUAUUAUUUAAAUUAAAAUUGGAUUAUAUGUACUCGAUAAUAUUACAAGAUGUAUUUCCAUCAGACUAAUGUACAAUUACAUAAUGAAUAUAGGUUAAGUUUGACAAGAUUAACAUGAAAUUUGCCAUUUAAAUACUUCUCUCAUCAAUUUCAACUUUACAAGAACUGAUAAAGAUACCUUUUCAAUUAUCACUCAUCGCUCAUUUUUAAAUCAGCGAUAAAAACGUCACUGAAUUGUCAGUAGUCAAAUAUCGCAUGAAAAGCGACCAUCGAUCAUUUCAGAAUGCAGCAAGAUUGCAAAUUAUAUAAAAAAAAUUAAUUUUGUAGGGAAUAAAUGGCAUGAAACUUAAAAGAUUGUGUUCUAAUUUUUGUACAAAAAAUAUCAAAUAUACACAAUUUACAAAUAUAUUAAACAAAAAACAUUUUCGUACGCGGCGAUUAAAAACUGUUGCGUUGUGAAUAAUCGUAUGCGAUCGAUAUCUACUCUCGAGAAAAUUAACAAAUGACUGUUUAAACGUCCUAUCAGAAUCGAUGCGUGAAAGAGGUUGCCUUUUGUGAGAAUGCCCCAAAUCAUGGCAGAGGCCUUUGCGAGAGGACUGCUAGACAAGAUAAUGGUACAAGUUCUGGACGUCAUAGAUUGCGAUGCAGAGGAUGGAAAAUCCUGGGAAGAACAUGUCAACGAGGAAACAGACGAUGUACAACCGGAAGCCGGAUUUGUACACGGUAGACCGGAAGCAAACGAACAUACACAUGUAAAUUAUAGCAAGGCCGAGGAGAUAGAAUUGAUCGCGAAGAUAGUUCGUGACUUGCGCGACAUACAAAUCGGAGAUUCGCGUUAUGUACUUCCGCCUUCAUUGUUAGCAGUGGAGAAACAGGUGAAAUGCGCUACGUGCAAUGUCGAUGGUGUGUCGUUUGCAAAUCCAGCGGCCAAUGUCACCGAUAUUCAACGCACGACCCAGGGUCAAGGUGAUACACACCAAACUGUACACACAACGAAUCCCGAGACUGAGCUGACGGAUCCGACGAAGGUAAUUCAGAAGAAGAAGGAAGGUGAGGUAGCCAACGAGGCGACCAGUGUGUCCAUCGGUCUGUUACAGCAGAUGAUCGAAGACCUGGAGGACAAGACAGUUUGCUCCGAAGAUAACUCCUCUUCAAAUUCGAUCAGUAAGGAAUGCAUCACUGUUUGGGAAGAAAAAGAGGAACUGAUUAGGUCUAUCGAGGGAAAUGCUGGCAAUACCAUGGCAGAGACUCUUCGAAGUAGCGAAUCAAUCGGUCGCUUUCGCAUCGUCGAACUGAAGCAUGACGAAGAACUGAAGUCUCACUCAAGUCAACAUGUGGCGUCCAUCUCGAGAGAACCCGACCUUGAAGAAGUCCAGAUCGAGAAACGCACGUCAAACUCGUUGUCUUCAUUAAAACCAUCGUAUAAUGACGGAUCCGCAAUUGUCGAUCAAAUACUGCCCAUUGAUGAUGCAGAGAAGCGAAAAACAUUUGACGAAGCGAAAAAGAGGAAGAAAAGUCUAGGGAGUCGAUUGAGGAAACUCUUCCGUACUGUCUUUGGCCGCCGGAAGAAUUGAUGCUAAGUUCCGGAAGGAACUUGGCACUUGUUACCUUGCGAUUUACCUCAAACAACGACUCUCAUUCGUUCAUACGGCAGCUCGUCAGUCGUACGUUUUUUAGAGGGAAACGUCUGUGAAUACAGCGAGUAAAAAUAACUGACCGGUGUGUAGUCAUCAGCUGCUGGUCCCCGUAACUUCGGUGUCUCACACGACUUCGGCGAUGCGUGAAUCAGAUUAGAUAUCUCUCUGAUUAUAUAUUUCUAGAUGAUAAUUGCAACGUUGUGUACACGAACCUGCAAAAUUCUAUAAAAUAUAUAAUAAUGAUCUUACAUAAUGCGUGUCACAUUUCUGCGGUAGCUUAAGUGAUUUAGUUUAGAGAAUGAUAGCGAUGAUAGAAAGUAGAUUCGCGUCAUCGAAGACCAAGAAUAUAUUUUUGCCUAAUGCAUCCACCGGACGUUGCGGAUCUGGCAAUCUGACAUAAGAAUGUUGUCGUCGUCAACAUAGAAGUCUUAUUUAUCUCAGUGGGAAGAGGCAUUUCUUCGAUUCUUGCCUCUCAUCGCUUCUCGAACUGUUUUUGGAUCGCGGUGUUGCCAUGCUCCGUCGUCGAUGGUCCGG